AUGAGGAUCGAGAUCUCCAUCUUCGCUUUCCUGCUGACCAUUUGGGACGCAUGCUCCUCUCGCAGUCUGUUGUCCCGGCAACUAGAUCGUAUUGCUAUACUGCCAUACCAUCUGGGUAGUGAAAGGUUGCCGCGCAUAGACCUAGGCCCCGAGCUUGAGGAUAAUAAAGACCUGGACGAAUACACGGAACAUCUUCUCCAAGCGCGCUUGGCCAAUUUUUGGAGAACCUCGCCUGCAAACUGCAAUUCUGAAUAUGAUAUUGUCGCAGCUGAGGAGCGGUAUGAAAGGUUUUGUAAUGAAUAUCUUACCACAAUACCACCUGCUUUUGCCCUGCCGCCCAACGCACAAUGGGAUGAACACCUUUCAAUGCUUCAGAAGCAAAGAGAAACCUUACAUAUCGCCAUAUUCCAGUCUCUUUGUUACAAUUUCCGGCCGGCACUACUACAAACGCCAAGGCAGACCCUUCAUCUCCCCAAAUACAAGCAAAUUUUGUUACUAUCUCAGCGAAAGGCGCUCGCGGUCGCUGCAUUACGGGUUCUGAAAUGCACUUCUUCCUUACACGCGCUGAUGGGCGGCUCCCAAACACGAUUUCCAGGCAUCAUUCAACCGACGUUCGAAGCUUCAGUACUCCUAGUGUACCUCUGUAUGGACCAAGCUUUGUUUGAAGGAGAUGAAAUUCGAUGCCCCAGCCUGUUGACAAUAGAUCCUCUCGGGGCUAGCAUGCGGAACUUGAAACGAGUGGAGUGCACGAACGCUUUGCGCGACGCCCUCCGUCGCUUGCAGAGGCUGGCAGAGGUCAGCCAUAUGGCCGAAGUGGGUGCGGAAGGUCUCUUGCAACUCCUUCAAAAAGCGAUAAAGCCAUCAUGGACAGGACAGGCAGGACAGGCAGGAGAAAGAUCCUCUUCUCUGGCAAAUAAUGAUCUACUUCAAGCGGAUAACGCCUCAGGGGACACUGGCCUAGCGGAAUACUUGGAUCUAAAUCCGAACCUUUUGCCUGGUAUGACCACAAUUACCGGAUCCGGUUAUUCCGAUUUGAGCUGGGAAUCAAUGGUGUCUGGGCUUCGUAACUUCCCACCCGGAGAAUCCAUGAACCUGUGA